AUGACCGUAACCCCGUACCUCGACGCCCUCCAACGAGAUGGGUUCGUCCGGGUCCCCUCGCUCCUCACCCCGGAAGAAAUCGCCCAAUUCCGCGCCGUUGCCACCGAAGCCACGACACUGACGCGUACGGGCCACUGGCCACACUUCCGUACGGUGCCCAAGCAGUUCCCACCGUGGCCGAAGACGCCGCCGCCCGCCUCGGAGGGCGGGAUCUGGGGGGUACAGCAUCUCCUGCACCCGGAGAUGCCCGGACGGGCGGAAUUCGCGCGGUUCUAUUUCUCAGAGAAGGUGCUCGCGGUGGCGGAGGAGCUGCUCGGAUUGAAAGGGGUGGCCGAUCGGAACGGAGAGGAACAGUUGGUGAUGGAACUGUUUAAUCUGCUGGUCGCGCCGGAGACCAAGGAUUUCGAGCUCCGAUGGCAUCGGGAUGAUAUCCCAGAGACGGCGUCGGAGGAGGAGGAGCUCAAGAUGUUGCACGCGAAGAGUCCCAAUGGGAAGCAGUCGCAUGCGCAGUAUAACUUGGCGUUGUGUCCGGAUGCGUCGCUGAUUGUGGUGCCGGGAUCGCAUCGGCGUGUGCGCACCGAGACUGAGCGGAACGCCGAUCCCUAUGAGCCUAACAUGCCCGGACAGAUGUUCGUGGAGCUGCAGCCCGGUGAUGCCGUGUUCUACGAUAGCAACAUCCUCCAUCGUGGAGCGUACAAGGCGAAGCCUGAGGGCGGCGAGGAGUCCCGGUUGACGCUCCAUGGAAGUAUCGGGUUGAAGGGGCUGGGAGACGAGGCAGAUAAGAAGGUCCGUGCCACCGCUGUGCUGCAACACGGCGUGGGAGCUUGGGUUAAUACCGAAGGCGCUGCGUUUGGCCUUGGUGACCGUCCCGAGAAGAUGAGAGCGAAUCUGGUGGCCAUGGGAACGGGAGAGGGCGUGGGAUACUCACUACAGGGAUAA